ACAUUUGUUUGCAGUAGGGAGUUUCUGCUAGGGUCUGGAUUGGAGUUACACAGACCGGACCCUACGUGUAUGAUUGAGGACAAAACAGGAUUCCCCUUGCCUCAAAGAGUCUACAUGUCUAAUAUUUAGACAUGUUCAGCUUUGUGGAUAUCCGGUUAGGGCUGCUGCUCGCCGCAGCGGUCCUAGUGGUGAAAGGACAAGAAGAGGAAGAUAUCUCGUUCGGUAGCUGUACAUUGGAAGGUCAGAAUUACAACGACAAGGAUGUAUGGAAACCUGAGCCCUGUCAAAUCUGCGUCUGCGACAGCGGGACCAUCAUGUGCGACGAGGUGAUCUGCGAGGAUACAUCAGACUGUGCCAAUCCAGAGAUUCCCGAUGGAGAAUGCUGCCCCAUCUGCCCCGACGAAGAAGAAACGUCAGGUCCUGAGCCUCCCGUUGAUCCAUAUGGUCCCGUGGGUCCUGUCGGUCCAAACGGAGACCCAGGUCCUGCAGGGCCUCCUGGCAGAGAUGGGACUCCCGGAGAGAACGGACUCCCUGGACCUCCUGGUCCUCCUGGAACCGCUGGCCUCGGCGGCGGAUCUUUCCUUUCCCAGAUGGCUUAUGGCAGUGAGAAAUCCAGCGGCCCUGCUGUUCCCGGACCACCAGGCCCCAUGGGAGCUCGUGGCCCCCCUGGAUCUGCAGGUUCACCUGGCCCUCAGGGAUUCACUGGCCCCCCGGGUGAGCCUGGAGAGCCUGGUUCUCCUGGUCCAAUGGGUUCUCGCGGUGCUUCCGGUCCUCCUGGAAAGAACGGAGAGGAUGGUGAAGCUGGCAAAGCAGGUCGCCCUGGUGAGCGUGGAGCUGCUGGGCCUCAGGGCGCUCGUGGAUUCCCAGGAACCCCUGGACUCCCUGGCAUCAAGGGACACAGAGGUUUCCCUGGUCUAGAUGGCGCUAAGGGAGACGCUGGCAUUGCUGGACCCAAGGGAGAGGCUGGUUCUUCUGGUGAGAAUGGUACUCCUGGAGCUAUGGGUGCUCGUGGUUUGCCCGGUGAGAGAGGUCGCCCUGGACCCCCUGGCCCUUCUGGUGCUCGCGGUAAUGAUGGCAACACUGGCGCUGCCGGACCUCCCGGACCCACCGGCCCUGCUGGUGCUCCUGGUUUCCCUGGUGGUGCUGGUGCUAAGGGAGAAACUGGCGCUGCUGGAGGCCGUGGUUCAGAGGGACCCCAGGGAGCCCGUGGUGAGCCUGGUAACCCUGGACCCGCUGGUGCCGCCGGUCCUGCUGGAGCUCCUGGUAGUGAUGGUGGUCCUGGUGGCAAAGGAUCUCCUGGUGCUGCUGGUAUUGCUGGCGCUCCUGGUUUCCCAGGUACCCGUGGACCAGCUGGACCCUCUGGCCCUUCUGGUGCUCCUGGCCCCAAGGGAAACAAUGGUGAUCCAGGUCUCCAAGGCCCUAAGGGAGAUGGCGGUCCUAAGGGAGAACCUGGCCCAGUUGGACCCCAAGGUCUCUCCGGACCUUCUGGUGAGGAAGGAAAGAGAGGAGCUCGUGGUGAGCCUGGUGGUGCAGGACCUGUCGGACCCCCUGGAGCCCGUGGUGCCCCUGGCAACCGUGGUCUGCCUGGUAGUGAUGGAGCACCUGGACCCGGGGGUUCCCCUGGUGAGCGUGGAGCUAAUGGAGCAUUGGGACCUCAAGGAGCCACUGGAGAGUCUGGUCGCCCAGGAGAGCCAGGAAUGCCUGGAUCUAAGGGUAUGACUGGUGCCCCUGGAAGCCCUGGGCCUGAUGGCAAAGCUGGACCUUCUGGUGCUCCUGGACAAGAUGGCCGACCCGGACCUCCAGGACCUUCUGGAUCUCGUGGUGCACCUGGUGUGAUGGGAUUCCCUGGUCCCAAAGGAACUGAUGGUGAGGCUGGUAAGGGUGGUGAGAGAGGUGUUGCUGGACCCCCUGGUGCUUUGGGCGCUCCUGGCAAAGAUGGUGAUAUUGGUGCGCCUGGUGCUCCUGGACCUGCUGGACCAUCCGGAGAGAAGGGAGAACAGGGAUCUGCUGGUCCUCCCGGCUUCCAGGGUCUGCCAGGUACACAGGGUGCCACUGGUGAGACUGGCAAACCUGGCGAUCAGGGCGCUCCUGGUGAAGGUGGUCCUUCUGGUCCUUCUGGUCCAAGAGGUGACCGAGGUUUCCCUGGUGAGCGUGGUGGCCCUGGACCUGCCGGCUCUGCCGGUGCCCGUGGAGCCCCUGGUUCUCCCGGUAAUGAUGGUGCUAAGGGAGAGCCUGGUGCUGCUGGAGCCCCUGGUGGUGUUGGUCCUGCUGGAAUGCAGGGAAUGCCUGGAGAGCGCGGUACUGGAGGCAUGCCUGGAGCCAGAGGAGACAGAGGUGAUGGCGGUCCCAAGGGCCCUGAUGGGGGUCCUGGCAAGGAUGGCCUGCGUGGUAUGACCGGCCCUAUUGGAUCCUCUGGACCCAGUGGUGCUCCUGGUGAGAAGGGAGAGGCUGGUGCUAUUGGACCUCCAGGACUGACUGGCCCUCGUGGUGCCCCUGGCGAGCGUGGUGAGGGAGGUGCCCCUGGACCUGCUGGUUUUGCUGGACCUCCUGGUGCCAAUGGACAACCUGGUGCUAAGGGAUCGAGUGGUGACACCGGACCCAAGGGAGACGCUGGAGCUCCUGGACCUGGUGGACCCGUCGGAGCCCCCGGCCCACAGGGACCUGCUGGUGCUACUGGAUCUAAGGGUGCUCGCGGUGGUGCUGGACCUCCUGGUGCUACUGGUUUCCCUGGUGCUGCUGGUAGAGUCGGACCUCCAGGUCCUUCUGGUGCUGCUGGACCCCCUGGCCCAAAUGGUGGUGCGGGUAAAGAAGGACAAAGAGGUGCCCGCGGUGAGAAAGGACCCGCUGGUCGCCCUGGAGAGGCCGGUGCCAGUGGACCCCCAGGACCCGCUGGAGAGAGGGGUAGUGUUGGUCCUGAUGGUCCUGCUGGUCCUCCUGGUUCUUCUGGACCACCUGGUGUUAUUGGAUCCCGUGGUAUUGUUGGUCUUCCUGGACAAAGAGGAGAGAGAGGUUUCUCUGGUCUCGCUGGACCAUCUGGAGAGCCAGGAAAGCAGGGACCCUCUGGGGCUCUGGGUGAGCGUGGACCUCCUGGACCCAUGGGCCCUCCUGGACUGGGUGGAGCUCCUGGUGAGGCUGGACGUGAGGGUAAUGCUGGACAUGAUGGCGCUCCUGGCCGUGAUGGUCCACCUGGACCAAAGGGAGACCGUGGCGAGUCUGGCAACUCUGGUCCUCCUGGCCCACCCGGUGCUCCUGGAGCUCCUGGUCCCAUGGGUUCAUCCGGAAAGAAUGGUGAUCGUGGAGAGGCUGGUCCUGCUGGUUCUGCUGGUCCUGCCGGUCCCGCUGGUGCUCGUGGUUCCCUGGGUCCAGCUGGUCCACGUGGAGACAAGGGUGAGGCUGGCGAGGCUGGAGAGAGAGGCAUGAAGGGACACCGUGGCUUCUCUGGAAUGGCUGGAACUCCUGGCCCUCCUGGAUCUCCUGGUGACCAAGGACCUGCCGGACCCUCUGGCCCUGCUGGACCUCGUGGAUCUUCUGGUUCCAAUGGAGCUGCUGGUAAGGAUGGCAUGAACGGUAUUCCUGGACCCGUUGGACCUCCUGGACCCCGUGGUCGCACUGGAGAAAUGGGACCCUCUGGUGCUCCUGGUACUCCUGGACCUCCUGGUCCUCCUGGACCUGCUGGCAUCGGUGAGCCCUUCCUUCCCAUGCCACAGGGCGAGAAGGGUCCAGAUCCACUACGUGGAGGCUACAGAGCUGAUGAUGCCGGCGCUCGUGACCGUGAUGCUGAGGUGGACACCACCCUGAAAUCUCUGAGCCAGAAGAUUGAGAACAUCCGUAGCCCUGAAGGAACCCAGGCCAACCCUGCCCGCAUGUGCCGUGACCUGAGGAUGUGCCAUCCUGAAUGGAAGAGCGGAUCUUACUGGGUGGACCCCAACCAGGGCUCUCCUCUGGACGCCAUCAAGGUCUUCUGCAACAUGGAGACUGGCGAGACCUGCGUCAGCCCAUCUCAGACCACCAUCCCCAUGAAGAACUGGUACACUAGCAAGAACAUCAGAGAGAAGAAGCAUGUUUGGUUCGGAGAGUCCAUGCCUAAUGGCUUCCAGUUCCAGUAUGGCAGCGAUGGCUCUGAUCCAGAGGAUGUUAACAUCCAGCUGACCUUCAUGCGCCUGAUGUCCAACGAGGCUUCUCAGAACAUCUCCUACCACUGCAAGAACAGCAUCGCCUACAUGGACGAGGCCACAGGCAACCUGAAGAAGGCUCUGCUCCUGCAGGGCUCCAACGACAUCGAGAUCAGAGCCGAGGGCAACAGCCGCUUUACAUACAGAGUCAGCGAGGAUGGCUGCACGUCACACACUGGCACAUGGGGCAAGACAGUCAUUGACUAUAAGACAACGAAAACAUCUCGUCUGCCAAUCAUUGACAUCGCUCCUAUGGACAUUGGUGCUCCUGAUCAGGAAUUCGGUGUAGAAGUUGGCCCAGUCUGCUUCUUGUAAAAAGAAAAAUCUGGACAUGACUUUGCUGUUUUUUUUCUAGCAGUCAUCUUCAAAUCUUUUCCUGUUCAUAAAAAAAAAAAAAAGCCUGAACUCUUAAUUCGGCUGCAAAUCGGUCCAUGUGCUUAAACCUGAAUCCUUGAAGACGGUGCUUGUUGUGAUUCCCAUCUUGAGAAACAUUCUUAAAACAAAAUCGAGGACCACUACGUUAGCCAGCAUCACCAUCAUGGACACUUCAUGAGAAUCCUUUGCGUCAGCUGACAACAAGAAAAUAAUAUAUACCUGUAAAACGCCCCGCCCCCUGGAGUCCACAGAAAAACUACCACCUGGUGACUUUUUUGACCACUGCAAAAGGACAAUGAAAAACAAGCAAAUGCUAAUGUACCAUUCUCUGGUGUUGAAUAAAUAUGACAAACGACAGCCAAGUGUCUUGUUCCUUCUAACUGAAAGUAAAACAUCACACAGGGAACAGAUUUAGGUCAAUGGUAUGAUGUCAUCUUGAUAUAAAGGCUACCUCAGGACAAAAAAGUGCAUGGAGAUUUUGGGGGAAAACGAGGGCAGUUUUUUUUAUUCAAGCGAAGUAAAUGAUUAGUAACAGGUAUGAAAAGGUGCUACUUCCUCUCCAGGUCCUGUCUGUCGUAUGUUUGUAUUUGAGAGAAAACAAACUUAUUUUUAUACUGUCACUUACACUUACAGGGCCUUUUUGGUGCUAAAUGUCAACAGAAUGUCUUGAUGUCAAUGUGAUGCAAUUGUCUCUUAUCAAAGUGUCAGCGGAUGAGGAGAAUAAAACAGCUGGAUAGGUCGGUUACUGUAGAUUAGAUACUGUAAUCUGAUAUGGGUUAAGUGGAUGGACUGAUUGCCAGUUCGUCUCAUUUCCAUUUCCCCUUCCUGAAGUCUCUAGAGAAGUCUUAUUUUUGUCUGUACAUGCCGCUCCCCCCGUCUCCGGAUUUUAUUUCUACUUUCAAAAUGCAAUGCACAUCUUUUUUUUUUCGAUUUUAUUUUUGUUUUAGUUUGUUUGAUUUGUUUUCAGUGAAAGGUUUCUUACAAAAACUGAAAAUGAGGCGGCAAAAAGAAAAGGGCACGGAAGAAAUAAACCCUCCAAUGGUUCCAACAAAGGAUCUGUACUUAUUUUGUACAUGUAUAGUAUUUCAAGAUGUUUUUAAUUAUUUUGGAUGUUGAAAUAAAGCAUGUUUAUGUGGUCAACUGGA